AUGCUGCGGUCGCUAUUCAGGAUAGCUCGGAUGGUAAGCCUACAAAUACAACCACCAACAAUAGCUUCGAGCAGCAAGAUCGCAUCAACCUCGAUAGCGAGCCAUCACCAUCACAUCGACUAUCGUUCAUUCAGCUCAUCAACCCCUUCCCACAAUGUCGUCCAACCGGCCUCCCUCGAGUCUAGCUCCGAAACUUCAACACUACCGACAAGCAGCAUCAGCCCUCCAUCGGUCUCAACCUCGUUCGUCCCACGUCAAAAAUUCGAACUACCCACAACCACUCCCUCCUGGUAUGCCGGUCACAUGGCGCGGGCGAUCCGCUCAAUGCCAUACCUACUCGCACGCUACCCCCCACCUCUCGUAAUUGAGGCUAGAGAUGCACGACUGCCACUAACCUCAAUCAAUCCGGUGUUUGAAAAGCUGCUUCGCAAGGCACCUACUGCUAAUGACGGACUGGACGGUCUCCCGCAUUGCUCUCCUUCUAGUGGGGCUGGCGUAGACGGCUCAACAUGGCGCACUCGCCGCUUAAUCGUCUAUCUUAAACGUGAUCUCAUAUCUGCCCACGUCGAAAGCUCGAUUCUGUGCGCCCUGCGCGAACGAGAUCCGCUGCAACAGGUCCUUUUCGUAGACACCCGGGUAGAUGCAGAUGUGAAAAAGGUGCUGUAUUGGGUUCAAAAACAAGCACGCAAAAUCUCUUUAGAUGAACAGAUCAGCUGCCCUCCGAGCAAGAAGUCGGAAAAAGCGGAGAAAAGAGCCAAAAAAGGACUUUCAGGAGCAUUCAGGCACACUCCAACACCGGAAGAAGGGGUCAGGUUGUUGAUUUUAGGAAUGCCAAACGUGGGCAAAAGUAGUUUGUUAAAUGCGUUGAGGAGGGUGGGGACGGGAAAGGGCAAGGCGGCUAGUACGGCUCCUCAUCCGGGUCAUACUAGGAAGUUGACUGGUACUGUUAGGAUUAGUAAGGCGGGACCAAGUAAGGUCGAGGCCGAACCAGCGAGAGAGAUGGGUGGAAGGAGGAGUAGGAGGAGUGCAGCAGCGGUGGCGGCGGAAGAGGAGGAAAGAGCAGCUGAGCAGAGUUCAUUUGUCAUUUCCUCAGAUCACAGCGGUGAACGGUCAACAGAAGAAAGCAAAGAUGCAGAAGGAAUCGAGUCGAAGAAAGAGCGAAAAGAUGUGCCAAUCUACGUAUAUGAUACGCCCGGAGUCAUGGUUCCCUUUCUUGGUCAUGGCGCAAGUGGUGCUGAACGUGGGAUAAAACUUGCCAUCACUGCUGGGAUCAAAGAUUCUUUGUUCGAUGUUCAGCUUCUUGCCGACUAUCUCCUGUUUCGUUUAAACCUUGGUGCGCCUGCGUGCUCUUCUGCGGAGGGUGUGGCGGUACCAAGCUACGUCUCGAAUCUCCCGCUCUCGCGCCAAGAAUAUCUCUCAACAUGUGACGACACGCUCGGUCGCACGAAUUCGAUCACUGAACUGCUGUGGCAUGUUGCAGGCAAAGCCCCCGGUUCACUCCGCAAGGGAAAUGUUAGGGAUCUGGACGCAGCAGCGCAAUUCAUGCUCCAACACUGGAGGUUGGGCAAGCUGGCUAGGAAUACAGAGUUGGAUUUGAAUACCGAGGAUGAUGGGGAAAUUAGGAGCAAGGUGAAUGAUUUCUUUGAUAAGGGGGGUGAUGUGCAGGCCACUGAGGGCGUUAGUGCCGCACCUAUAGUCUUGGAGAGGCAGGAGGGGGAAGCGAGCGACGGACAAGGUGCAGAGAGUAGAACACAGCAAAAGAAACAACAAAAGAAGAUGGAUGUUUUGGCGAGAAAGAGAAAGUUGAUGGAUAAAGGCAUUGCUGUUGGCAAGUCGAAAGGCACCAACAAGCCAACGUUCAAGGGCAGGGCCAAGAAGAAGCGCAAGUGA